UGCAUCCUAUCUGAAUUCCGAGGUUUGCUAGGCUGUUCGAGAUGAGUACCAACAUAGUAUCUAUCGACAUGAUCCUUCCCAGAUGAAUACUUCGUACCAUCGAGCGGGGUCUAAGAACUAGUCCGGCCGUAUGAUACGAUAGUAGCUGCCUACAGUUCCUCUCGCUUCCCUUAAAGCGACACUACCUACCUGUCUGCAUACAUAUCGAACAAGACAGACCUAACCAUUUCAAACGGUGCUCGAAACUGACAAAGACCACGUUAGCGUUAACAACCACCAUCCAAUAUGAGAGCAGCCUUGAUAGUUGUCGACAUGCAGGAGGACUUCUGCCCUCCGAACGGCUCCCUCGCCGUCAACGAAGCCCGCACCCUCGCCCCAACAAUCAACACCCUCCUCUCGAACCCAGGCUUCACCCUGCGCAUCGCAUCCCAAGACAGCCACCCACCGAACCACAUCUCCUUUGCGCCGAACCACCCCCCACCCAACAACCUCCCCUUCGAGCACUUCAUCGAGAUGAGCAAUCCCGCAACAGGCAAAGAAACCGAGACCAAGCCCCAACGGCUCUGGCCCGUCCACUGCGUAGAGGGCACCAAGGGUGCGGAAAUCAUCCCGGAAAUCGACACCAAGAACAUCGACCUCUACGUGCGAAAGGGCAUGGAUGCGCGAGUGGAGAUGUACUCGGCGUUUGCGGAUGCGUUUGGGAACCUCGAUGCGGAGGUGAAUCGGUCGUCGGUGGAUGUGCAUUUGAAGGGGGCGUUGGAGGAAAAGGGCAUCACGGAUGUGUUUUGUGUAGGUGUUGCUGGGGAUUAUUGUGUUAAGUGUACGGCGAUUGAUGCUGCGAGGGCUGGGCUGAGGAGUUAUCUUGUUGAGGAUGCGGUUAGUUGUGUUGAUCCGGGGGUGGGGUGGGAGGAGGCCAAGAGGGAGUUGAGGGAGGCUGGGGUGCUGGUUGUUAGGUCGGAUGGGCCGGAGGUUAGGGGGUUGUUAAGUGGGAUGGUAUAG